AUGGAUCUGCAGAAACCCAAAAAGUCGAGAGCCGACACCCACAGCGAUCAGGAGGAAGCCUCCGAAUACUGUGUCGAUGGCUUUGGCAGGUCCACGGACUCCAAGAAUACCCCCGAAAAUGAAAGCCUCGAUCCCCGACAGGAUGCACCGGGCAAUGGGGUUGCUGCGGAAAUGAAUGGGGUUCAUAUCGCAAAAAGCCUCCCUCGCGAGACGACAUCGCCUUCUCACCGGUCCUUGUCAUCCUCCGCGAAGGUUCCGAAGAAGAAGAGCAAGUCGCGAACCAUGACCAUGCUCAUCCCGAAGGCGCUGAAUCUGGACACCAGUCAACUCAAGCUGCUGCAGUCGGCCGAACUGCUACCGCCAGUCACCAAGGAAACUCUCAGUGAACUCGACCUGGAUCGCAUCAUGAGAAACAUCCACCUUCGAACGGACGCGAAUUUUGAGCGCGAUCUCCAUUUCAAACCCGACCUCGACGGCGAAAAGGGUCAGAAGAAAAGGAGAGCAGCGAACGACUACUGGGAUGCGCUGCAGAUCGAGAUAUCAAUUUACGCGUUUUGCACCCGAAACAACAUCAAGAUCUGCCAUGAAUACAACUCCGAUCCGGUCGACCAAGCUGCGUUUACGCCGAGAUUACCCACCAUGUUCGAGACCCUGCAGGACGUCCUCAAAACCCUUGUACCAGAACGCGACCAUCCCAGCGUCGUGCAGAACUUGGAUGUGCCGCUGCUGAUGCAGCAAGUUCGGAAAGGAGUUUUGGAUUUGGUGGGUCUCUCGACCUGGCUCGCAGGGCUCUUGAAGAUGCACUGUGCUCCGAUGAGGGAUAAGGAAGCGGACAAGAUGGUUGAGGAGAUCAAGGCAGGAUCUGAGCAUCAGGACAUGGCGAAAGUGGUCAAUGGGCUUCGGACGCUGUUCGGUAUUUUAGAGAUGAUGAAACUGGACGUCGCCAACCACCAGAUACGUGCAUUCCGGAUCUUGCUGAUCGAGGAUACAAUACCGUUCCUGCAAGGAUAUUUCUUCAAAAGGAUUAUGAACAAUGAAUUCAGGGUGGAGGAGUCCAAGAACUGGUACCUUGCGGUGCGGAAACAGGUUCCUGAUCUGACGAAGGAGCCGAAGAACAAAAGCUUCGCGCCUGUAGCAGUUCUGUUUCAUGGGCUAGUUGAGCUCCUGCUGCAAUUCGAUGACCCGGUAAAAUUUCCGCAGACCUUCCACUUUGACAUGGGACGUUUGUGGCAGCUCCGGGCGGAAUUACAGCAUCUCAUCAACAUCAACAUCUGUUGGUCUGUCCUGGAGUCCUUUAUCGGCGACAAUCGGUCUACUUCGUCGUCCCGGAGCGAUCUCUAUUCCAAAUUCCGCUCGCGGAUAUCGUCUUUGCUCGACGACAACGACGGUCGACGUCGGAGGGGGGCUCGUGUGCCGAACGUGGGCGAUGUGGCCCUGGAUCUCGCGGGGCUUGCAUGUGAAGCGUGUGGCAGGACUAAGGUGGUCUCCGACCACGUCAUCCAAGAAGUCUUGGAAUACGACUUUACACACGAGUCGCCUCGGUUCCGUUUCAUCCAGGACAUCAUUCGGAAAGAGCUCAUUAAGAUCACGUUUGAGCUGGCGAAGAAAUAUCUCACCAUGUCGCCUCUUGCCAUCUGCGAGUCACAGCGCACCCGACAGCUUCACCCGCAGGGGCCCAUCUCUCAACAUUACAUCGACCUGGAGCCAGUUGCGACGCGGCUCGCCCAUAUUGGAGUGUUGCACUGGCGGGUUUGGGGACCGCUCUUGUAUGCGCGAGAGGACACGCCCUGCUUGCAAACCGUUGGCUGGUUUGGCGUCCAAGCAAUGUCCUGUGUUUUGGGGGCCUUUUGGUGGGCCAUGGCAGCAUUUUGGAGUCUUGGGUUGGGAGUGCAGCGAUAUGGUUAUAUUAGAUGCUUUGGCUCGUUUAGUAGAAUCGGAGUGUUCGUCACGUGA